GAGCACUCAUACCCGGCAUCAUCACUGCGUUCAACUCACGGUGACUACAGCAGCUAUCACUCAAGAUAAAUUUCUGAAGCAAAGCUGAAGUCAUUCACGAAACCACGCAACGAAACAAGCGACGUAUAAACCAAGCAACACUUACAUGCUUCUGCUUCUCGAAAUAUCGGUGAAGGACUCGGAGAUUACUGUGUCAGAUAAACCGCUGCAGGAUGGAGACGCAGAUACAUGUGCCUGUCGGGUCGCCGGUAAUUAGAAAAAUUCCCAUUUUUGUGGACGAGCAAAAUGUCACGGAGGGGGCGAUGAAGCUCAUUAAAGAACUGAGACCGGCGUGGGACACGAGCCAUGUCAAGACCAAGCUCUUCACUGAUGGAACCACCAACAAGCUAGUGGGCUGCUAUGUGGACGACAGUCAAGAGGAUGUUGUCUUAGUCCGAGUGUAUGGGAACAAGACAGAGCUGAUUGUGGACAGAGACAAUGAGCUCAAAAGCUUUCAGGUUCUACAUGCUAACGGUUGUGCUCCCCGCCUCUACUGCACUUUUCAAAAUGGCAUCUGCUAUGAGUUCAUGCAAGGAGAUGCUCUUGGGACACAGGAUGUCCGGGAUCCUUCCCUGCUCAGACUGAUAGCCAGAGAAAUGGCCCGCAUUCAUGCCAUCCAUGCACACAACGGCUGCAUCCCAAAACCCAACCUGUGGAUCAAGAUGCGAAAAUACUUUUCCCUUGUGGCCACAGAGUUCACCGAACAGGCCUCCAACGCCAGAAUCCAGCAGGAGGUUCCCAGUAAAGAGGUGCUGGAACAAGAGAUGGUGUGGAUGAAGGAGCAUCUCUCUACACUGGGCUCCCCUGUGGUGCUCUGCCACAAUGACCUGCUCUGCAAGAACAUUAUCCACAACAACAAAGAGGGUCAUGUUCGCUUUAUUGACUAUGAAUACUCCAGCUACAACUACCAGGCCUUUGACAUCGGCAACCACUUCAAUGAAUUUGCAGGCAUGGCUGAGCUCGACUAUGGACUGUACCCCAGUCGGGAGAUGCAGAUGGACUGGCUCAAAGUGUACUUGCGGGCAUACAAACUCUUCACCAAGAAAACCGAGGAGAUCAGUCCACGAGAGCUGGAGACACUCUAUGUACAGGUCAACAAGUUUGCUUUGGCUUCUCAUUUCUUUUGGGGUUUCUGGGCACUCAUCCAGGCCAAAUACUCGUCCAUCGACUUUGACUUCCUCGGGUAUGCAGUGCUACGUUUCAACCAGUACUUCAAGACCAAACCUGCAGUGAUGGCCCUACAGAUCCCAGAAUGAGAGAAGACAGAGGAAGCCAGAAGAACGAGGAGAGAAGAACAGAGCAAGGGUGUAGCAGCUUAAAUGCUGGGACUCCCUGUAGGGUGGGGAUUCUUCUCUGUGAGCCAGCUGUUGAUGGAUACUGCUGGGUCUACCUGGCAUCUCUUUUCUGCAACAAGCGCAAUUACUUUUUCAUUCCUCUGCACUUAGCUCCACGUCUGUCAUGACAGUUGCUUGAGAAUUCCAAAACUUCCAUGUGCGUGAGUGUGAUUGAAUGUGCUUUUAAUUUAUCAUGAUAAACCCAAAAUGUCUUGCUUUUCUUCUUAGGGCAACUGAACCAGGCAUUUUGAGCACAACAUUCUGUGUUUAGGGUAGGGCUCACUGACUUGAAACCUGCUUUAUUUCUCUGCCAUACUGGCGCCAAAAUGUUCAGUGGUACUGGUAAUGAAGGUCUAUUAAGGAGACUUUGAUGAUGACAUUGACAUAGUUUGUCUAGCUUGCCCUCUGCGUACUUUAUCUAUGACUCAGAACCAUGGCCUCGUUGUAGUUAGAAACUGACUUUCACCUGGUAUUCCUCACAUUUUACGUUUGGUGUGUGCAACAAGACCGUUCCUCCUCUGUUUGCCGAUGUUUUAAUACUCUAAUCUGUGUGACCUUUCCUGUUUUUGCUUCAUCUUUGGCGUUAAGUGCUUGUAGCUCCAGCGUUUUUGCUCUGAGCUUCCCAGAGAUCACCUGUGCAUCCUUUGAUGCAGUUUGACCUUAUGUCAGUACCUCUUCUAGUUUUUCCAAGCCAUCUGCUGCUCCUAGAAAUAUAUCACUGAUCUUUUCUCUGAGCAAGUGGGCUUUCUGUUUUGAAAGAAUAACCCACCAGACUCCUAAGUGUGUGGAACAGCAAAUGGACAUGUUUUCACAGUCUGUCUUUCAGUUGGAUCACUAUUGUGUUAUAGCAAUAAGUGACAGAGAGUUGCUAAAUGUACAUUUAUUUAUUUGUGUGUGUGAAGACACUGGAUCAUUUUACACCUCAGGUCAACAACUCUUCGGUUUGGGCUGCUUUAGCAAGUGUUCUAUACUGUAGUACUGAAAGAGGAGGGGGACAUAGACGGUUAACAAGAGACCCGUGUAAAUGUGACUUUAAACUUUGUGUGCUUUUCUGUCCUCAAGCUGUUUUUCCACCUUUUUGACUUUUAUGGUUACAGAUAAUCGCUCUGUUAAACUUUCCAUGUCAACUUUCCAGACCUUGUGUCACCCCUCCAUGUCAACUCCUCCUCCACCAGUUUACUCUCUCUUGUGUGAACUCACUCCUCAUGAAGGUAUCUUUGAUCUUCCUCCAGCUUCAGAUUUUUUUCCCCAAUCUCCCUUUAUCUGUUGAAGUUGUGGCUGGAACACCUGGUCCACUGGCCAUCUUGACAUUGGAGCCCCCACUCAGCCCCGCAUUGUAUUCCAUUUUUGUUCACAUCCUGGUUUUGAAGCCAAGAUUGGUUACAUAAUCAGGCAUUACAUAAGUUACAUCUGGGGUCAAAGCAAGUCUAGCUUUCAAAAAGAGGCAGGAAUGGGUUAUCUGGGGCUGUUUCGCUCUCAUUAGACUACCAAUUACUUCCAUGGAAAAAGAUUGCAUCACACUCUGUAAGGAAUAGAAGUUCUCAUUCCCCAAUCUGAUGACAGCAAAAAUGCUAAAACCUUACAAGGCAUGCUCUGGAUUCUUUGAACUCUGUGUCCACUGUGACGAUGCAUUCUGUCAAACUGUAGCGUGAAUGUUUUACACGAGUUUGUCUAUAACUGUUACUGUUCAUUUGCCCCUGAACUGUUAAGAUGCCUACUGUAGAGAUGUUGGCUGUAACCUCUCCAGCACUGAGCAAGUCAACCUGUCUUUUGUUUGUAUUCAACUCAGCAUCUGACUAAAGUCCGAACUUACCAUUACGUUCUGUUUGGCUGUCACUUCUUCAAAAGAUAAGGCUUUCAUUAUUUCAAACAGUUUAAUUUGUCUGAAGUAGUUUAAAAUAAGUGCUGCCACAGGUCAAUAGCUGAACCUUAGAAGUGCUCUCUGCUGGACCACAACACAAACUACUUCAGUCUGAUGUUUGAAUAUUCAUUCGAACAGUUUGAAUAUUCUUUCUUCCCAUCUUCAAAGGACCGUGUCAGUUGUUACUUCAAUCUCCUUUUUUGUCAUGUCGCCUUGACACAUACAUAAAGCCCGAGGACGCAUGUGAAGCAUUCGGUGCCUCUUUUGGGCCACCAUAUUUUUCUUGUAACGUUCUGUGCAAUUCUCUAAAAUUUGGUAGGCUGAACACACUACUGAUCUAGUGUCAUAAUGCACAUCCUCAUUUGGCUUUUAAUAUUAAUAUUAACUUCUCCUUUUUCUCCACUGACCACUAGGCCUCAUGCAGGAACCAUCCAUAUCAGCAUUUCUUCCGUUUCGUGUAGAAGUGAUAUACAGUAGACAACGUUUUGCAUUUACCAAUUAUCUGACAAGUGUGGACACGAUUCGUGAAUGGCUUGGACCUGUUCCAUGAUUCCUCCAUAGGGUCAUCCUAUUACAAAAACCAAUGAUGUUACGUAAUAUAUUGUAAUAUGUAUUCCCCCCUCCAUCGUCUCUAAGCAUCUAACCUAAGAUCAAGCCAUUCUGUCUUCACGUCUAUAGCAGUGUAGGGCUGCUCCGAUGGCACAUUGUUGGCAGCCAUACUGUUGAGCUGAAUUUGUUCUUUUCCUUAUGCACUUUGAUGCAUCUUUCCCCUCCAACAUUUUUCUGACUAAAUCUUGCACAAUUUUGUAGCAUUUUGUGGUGUUGCUGAUGCUAAUGAUCACAUCGCUAAAAACAACAAAUAUCCAAACAAAUAAAAAAUCUGAAACAAGUAAUGUACCACACGUUUGUACAGUUAAGUCUUUACCUUAAACACUUGUAGGAGCAAAUCCCCACAGGAAAUGUUAAAGAGGUGCAGAAUAAAAGCACUUGAAUCUUGCUGAGUCAUGAGACCCAUUGAUAGUAUAAGGGCCAUCAUAAUAAGACAUCCUGAUCUAGCUUGCUAUACACUAUUUAAAAAGUCCAGAGCUCUGUUCUGUCUUGUGUUUCACCCCCACACACUCCCCUGAAUAUUUAGCGCCUCAUAGGCCCAUAAGGAGGAGACACAGAGAUCUGACCUUUGUCCUCCACUGGAGGUGUCAUGUAACUGAACGGCUUAAUAAUUCACUAGAUGAACAGCACCAGAACAGACAGACUAACUGAUGCUAAUGGUUUCAGUCGGGACAGUUAACCUAUGAUUUUUUUGGAGAUUGCAUUUGUAUUUGACUUGAUGAUUAGAGCCUUGUCAUUGUGAAGUAGAUCUCAUUUUCAGGCAGUGUGAGACUAAAUGUGUUUAAGAGUUGUUUAGGGAAAGAGCAGCUCAUAUGAUGGCACAUAUUUGGCAGCAAAGAAGCUGUUUUGUCUUGAAAAAGCUCCCCUCACCUACAACAUUAGUGCAUUUUGACAGUAGUCAAGAGACAGUUCUUUUAGGGGACUUAUUGUGAAGUAAUCUGCUUAGUAGAUUUGCAGAAAAAGGCCAAAUGUGUAAACUUGCUGCUUAAACACUCGAUCCUAAUGCCCUGGUAGGAAUUUAGCCUGGGUAAAAAAGGCAUUUGAACUCUAUGAACAUUGACUGGAUUGCUCCAUUCCCUUAACAGAGUGGACUUCAUCUGCUGUUACAGUUCAGGGUUUUUGAAGAAAUCUUGCUGUAGGUUUAUGUGGUUUCCUUGAAAGUAAGAUUUAUUAUUUUAGCAGAUGCGGCUGUUACAGACUAAAGCUACAAAUAGGGUGGCUAAAUUCAAAGCGCAUUCUGCAUGCAACUGAGACUGUGCAAAAACUUCAAAAUGUCAGCAGCGUUUGGACCUUGGUCCCUUUAACCACCAUGUUGUUUGAUACUAACAGGUCCAGAGCCAGAAUCCUCUUUGUGUAACUGAAAUUACUCAACAUGCUUCGCACACUGCAUUCCUAAAUCACUGAAACACUUGGUCUUUGCAGUUUCUUAGGGGAAGUAGCUGCUCUGAAAGAAAAGCUAAGACACAGAACCAUACGGUAAAUUGACAAUCAAACAUGGUCCCCACCAUUAAAACAGAGUCAGAACAGAAACGUGGAACCUCCUGUCGCUCAGUGUGAUUGACGUGUCUUUAAAUGAUCAUCCUACUUCCAGGCUAUAUAUCUUUGUUAAAGUGUUAACUGUAGCCACAUGUAACAGUGAUGUCACUGCAUACUGACACACCCUGGAAAACACAUCUACAGCUGCAGGAAGGCAGGUCAAACCACUAGAGGUCCUUGUUCAACAUGAAAUGGACAUCUUAGUCUGAGAUAUUACUUUGCAGUUCUAACUGGUGAGUCUACAGUUUCCAAAUAUUUGUGUUUCCUUCUUGGUAUUAACAAAUCGAAUAGCGUUUUCCCCACUUUAUCUACAAACUCUUUGAAUGUGGGUUUGUUUUAAAAGAAUAUGGUUGUAAAAGUAACAAGUAAUUAGACCUCUAAAGGUGAAGUCUAAUUACAAUAAUUACUACAUACAAUACACUUUUUUUUGGUCAAAUUCAGUGAAUAUCUCCUCAUGGUCUGCUGCGAGUUGAAACAAAUCUCAUGUUCAUACUCAGCUCCAGCUCUGUUAAUGGGAAGCAAACAAAGUGGCUCGGACAGAUCCACACGACACUAUUCCAGUGUGUCCUGUUCAUGUUGAUGCUUGCACAGAGGACAGGGUGAAGGGGUUAGGGAGGUGAGAUGGGGAGCAGUAGACUGUAAAUCUGACACAUGACAGCUAUGUAGAAAUGCUAACUAGCUCAAUAUCAACAAUCUUUCACUAGAAUUGCACACUUUACCUCUACGUAGGCAAAAUUAUCUAAAAAAAUAAUAAAAUGAGACCUAUGGUAGUUAACCUAACUUUGUUUACCACAAACAUAGCUUCAGCAUUUCCCACUGGCUGCACGGACAAUAAAGUCUGAUAGUUUCUUCUCUUUUUUUGUGUUGUUUUUGACAUUACUCGAUGCAAGGAUGACUUUUUAAAAUAAGAUUGCAUACCAGGUACACUGCUUAUACAGUCUGUGGUAAAAUGACAACAAGCCAAACCGUCAGAAGAUUUCCCUGUCAUGUUAUGACCUGAGUGUUUAAAGCAGUUCAUUUAUUGAGUAAAUCCAGCAUCGCUUUUCCCACCUUUUCUGGUUCUAAUGAGCUAAUUUGCAUUGCAGUUGUUUUCAGAUUAACUAUUUUUCUGUGUGAAUGUACCAGUUUAAUUUAAUGAAAAUACAGAAAAAUGUGGGUUUUUUUUUUUCUUUGUAUGCUGAUAUUUACUUUUUGUAAACGCUUUGACUUGAAACAGGGCGCUAUGUAAAGGGACCCAGCAUUCGGCUUCCAGAUGUGACUGUAAAUGUACUUGUCUAAUGAUAAAGGAGAUGCUGCAUUGAUGUGUGCGCCUGGCAGAGACAGAGGAUGUACAUACUGUGUAAAGCUUACUGUACAAUGAUCCUUCACACCUCUGUGGAAGUUACAAGAGGAAUUAUUUAACAGUUGUUAGUAAAUAUUUCCAUUAAAAAAGUAUAAAAUGAUUUUUA